CUCCAGCCGCGAUUUAAAGGGCAGCGAGGGGCGGAGGGAUCCCUUGACUGCUCGGCGCGGAUCCCUCCGCCGCGAGCCCAGAGAGGCAACGGCUCGGCUCGGCCCUCUCAGACCUCGCCUUUUGUCCCUCCGCCGUCGCGAGCACCCGGCGGGGGACUCAUUUCUUUCUCGUGUUUCUCCGCCUCCCCCCGCCGAGUCCCGUAAAAGCAACAGAGACGGCCGGGGCGGCGCGAGCCGGCGUGGUGUCCCUCCGCCCGGCCGAGGGCACUCCUUUUCGUGUCCUUCCACCGUUCCCGGGCGGCGUCCGAGCGGCUCACCGGGGGCGGCGACGCGUCUGCGGCGCGGGCGGCGAGGCUCCGGGGCGAUGAGGUGAGGGCGUCCGGGCACCGGAGGCGGCAGCGCGGCGCCAGGACCCCGGACGCGGAGCCUCCCGGCCGGCGGCUGCCUCUGGGCCCCCGCGGCCGCGCGGGAGGCGAGGAGAGAACAUUGAAAUUAUUCUCUAAGCUAUUUGAAGAGAGUGACUAAAUGCACCUGGGUCAGGCUGUCUGUGGGUAUGAAGUGGUUGGGAGAAGCCAAGAACAUGGUGGUGAAUGGCAGGAGAAAUGGAGGCAAGUUGUCUAAUGACCAUCAGCAGACUCAACCCAAAGUACAGCACACGGGAAAGGACACGGUGAAGGCUGGCAGAACCGCGGGCGAGCGGAGGUCGAGCAGAUGUAAUGGUAAUUCAGGAUUUGAAGGACAGAGUCGAUAUGUACCAUCUUCUGGAAUGUCUGCCAAGGAACUCUGUGAAAAUGAUGACCUAGCAACCAGUUUGGUUCUUGAUCCCUAUUUAGGUUUUCAAACACACAAAAUGAAUACUAGCGCCUUUCCUUCGAGGAGCUCAAGGCAUUUUUCAAAAUCUGACAGUUUUCCUCACAACAACCCUGUGAGGUUUCGGCCUAUUAAAGGAAGGCAAGAAGAACUGAAGGAAGUAAUUGAACGUUUUAAGAAAGAUGAGCACUUGGAGAAAGCCUUCAAAUGUUUGACCUCAGGCGAAUGGGCGCGUCACUAUUUUCUCAACAAGAACAAAACGCAGGAGAAGCUGUUCAAGGAACAUGUAUUUAUUUACUUGCGAAUGUUUGCAACUGACAGUGGAUUUGAAAUAUUGCCUUGUAAUAGAUACUCAUCAGAACAAAAUGGAGCCAAAAUAGUUGCAACAAAAGAGUGGAAACGAAAUGACAAAAUAGAAUUACUGGUGGGUUGUAUUGCCGAACUUUCAGAAAUUGAGGAGAACAUGCUGCUUAGACAUGGAGAAAACGACUUCAGUGUCAUGUAUUCCACAAGGAAAAACUGUGCUCAGCUCUGGCUUGGUCCUGCGGCGUUUAUAAACCAUGAUUGCAGACCUAACUGUAAGUUUGUGUCAACUGGUCGAGAUACGGCAUGUGUGAAGGCUCUUAGAGAUAUUGAACCUGGAGAAGAAAUUUCUUGUUAUUAUGGAGAUGGGUUUUUUGGAGAAAAUAAUGAGUUCUGCGAGUGUUACACUUGUGAAAGACGGGGAACUGGUGCUUUUAAAUCCAGAGUGGGACUGCCUGCGCCUGCUCCUGUUAUCAAUAGCAAAUACGGACUCAGAGAAACAGACAAACGCUUAAAUAGGCUUAAAAAGUUAGGGGACAGCAGCAAAAAUUCAGACAGUCAAUCUGUCAGCUCUAACACUGAUGCAGAUACCACUCAGGAAAAAAACAAUGCAACUUCUACCCGAAAAUCUUCCAUUGGUGUGAAGAAGAACAGCAAGGGCAGAGCAUUGACAAGGCCGCCUGCGCCAAGGACUUCAGCUUCUGCCCACUCUACCUCAUCCAAGCUAACUCACGUCAGUAACUCCAGGGUACCAAAGAAACUGAAAAAGCCUGCAAAGCCUUUACCUUCAAAGAUAAAACUACGAAAUCACUGCAAACGGCUGGAGCAAAAGAGCGCUUCGAGAAAACUCGAAAUGGGAAACUUGGUACUUAAAGAGCCUAAAGUAGUUCUGUAUAAAAAUUUGCCCAUUAAAAAAGAUAAGGAGCCCGAGGGACCAGUCCAGGCCAACGUGGCUGGUGGGUGCUUAACGAGACACGCAGCAAGAGAGCACAAACAGAACUCUGGCCGAGGUGCUCCUUCGCAUGGGGAGGGCGCUCCCUGCACAUACACCCCCAGGCGGUCGAUGAGGACGAAAACGAAUCUGAAGGAGACCUCUGAUAUCAAGCUUGAACCAAAUACGUUGGACGGCUAUAAGGACAGCUCGACGGAGCCUUGCCCUGACAGUGGCGAGCAGCCGACUCCUGCAGUGCAGGAAGAAGAACUGGUUCACGAAACUGCACAAAAUGGGGAAGCAAAGUGUCAUAAGACUGACAACAGCAUGUCGAAAAAGAAAUCGCGACAAGGAAAACUUGUGAAACAGUCGGCAAAAGCAGAGGAAUCCACUCCGGUGCAUGAUUCCCCUGGAAAAGCGGGUGUGGCGCUGGAUGUGAUGGGGUCCCACUCUGACCAGGGCGAGCACAGCGGCCCAGAGGGCCUGCCUGGGAGCUACACGGACUGGGCCCCUUCGCCUGGGGGCGGUUCGGUUGUGACAUCAGAUAGCUUCAAAGCAAAAGACAACUUCAGAACUGCAAAAAGUAAAAAGAAGAGGCGAAUCACAAGGUAUGAUGCACAGUUAAUCCUGGAGAAUAACUCUGGGAUUCCCAAAUUGACUCUUCGCAGGCGUCAUGAUAGCAGCAGCAAGGCAAAUGACCAAGAGAGUGAUGGAAUGAAUUCUUCAAAAAUAAGCAUCAAGUUAAGUAAAGACCAUGAAAAUGAUAAUAAUCUCUAUGUAGCAAAGCUUAACAAUGGAUUUAACUCAGGAUCGGGCAGUAGUUCUACGAAGCUAAAAAUCCAGCUCAAACGGGACGAGGAAGGUAGGGGGUCCUAUGUGGAGGGGCUUCAUGAAAACGGGGUGUGCUGUAGUGACCCCCUUUCUCUCCUGGAGUCUCAGAUGGAAGUCGGCGACUACAGUCAGUAUGAGGAGGAGAGCACCGACGGCCCCUCCUCUUCGGAGGGCGACGAAGAGGACGACGACGACGACGACGACGACUUUGAAGAUGACUUCAUUCCUCUUCCUCCCGCAAAGCGAUUGAGGCUGAUAGUUGGGAAGGACUCCAUAGACAUUGACAUUUCCUCCAGGAGGAGAGAGGAUCAGUCUCUGAGGCUUAACGCGUAAGCUCUCGGUCUUAAGCUGACCUGGGAUAACUACUUUAAAGAAAUAAAAAAUUCCAGUCCAUUAUUCCUCAGCCGAAACAUUUUAGUGGCAGCACUUCUCUUGUCUCUUCCCUUCUCAGCGUAGUGCUGUCCCGCGUACCCCGCGCGGACUCUCCUGAAGUCUGGUUUGUGCAGAUUUUUAUUGUGCUUUUUCAGUAGCCUUCUUAUGUGCAAUUCGGAGAUAGAGGCUAAGCCCUGUUGUGAAAGAAAGGCUCAAGCAAAACUGUACAGUGACAGCGACUUUCCACCCAGGACGUUGAAGACAAUAACGUGGCUACACAGUUUUUUUUUUUUUUUUUAACUUUAAGAGCAUCACCUGGCUCUUUAAUAUAUGACUAAACAAUAAUUUAAAACAAAUCAUAGUAGCAGCAUAUUAAGGUUUUCUAGUAUAUGCUAAUAUCACCAGCAAUGAUCUUUGGCUUUUUGAUUUACUUGCUAGAUGUUUCCCCUUGGAGUUGUGUCAGUUUCACACUGUCUGCUGGCCCAGGUGUACUGUCGUGGCCUUGGUUAAAAUAGCAAACCAUCGGUUGGGAGUCAGAUUGGUUUCUUGAAAAACAAAAGUACAGUGACAUUCGUGGUGGCUCCCUUCUCAGUACAUUAUAUGUACGAGGGUGGCGGUGUGCAGGAUGAGUUCCAAUGCAGCGUAUUUAUUGCUUGUCAUGUAAAUUAAAGACCUUGUAUUUAACACUUUUCAAUCCUUUUAGAUAAAAUUGUUCUUUGCAAGGAUGAUUGGUGCUUAUUUUUUCAAAAAUUUGCUGUGAACAAUGUGAUGACAACAAGCAACAUUUAUCUAAUGAACUACAGCUGUCUUCAUUUGGGUCUUCAAGCUUUCUGUUGCACUUGUAAAAUGCUACAAGGAAUAUUAAAAACUCUAUUCACUUUAACUUAUAAUAGUUUAUGAAAUAAAAACAUGAGUCACAGCUUUUGUUCUGUGGUAACCUAUAAAAAAAUGUUUGUCUUUGAAAUUCAUUGUAAAGAACUGAAAACAAUGUAUAUGUUGUAAAUAUUUGUGUGUUGUGAGAAAUUUUUGUCAUAAGAAAUUAAAAGAACUUACCAGGAAGGUUUUUAAGUUUAGAAAUAUUCAUGCCAAUAAAAUAGGAAAUUAUAAAUAUAUAGUUUUAAGCACUGCAUCAGUGGGAGUUCUUGGCUUAUGUUUAUGUAUGAAAAUAUCAAAGAUUUUUUUGACUAUAUUAUCAGUUAAACAAAAGAGGAGUCAGAUUUAAUUUGUUUUUUGAAGCACUUUGAGAAGAGAAAUUAAUUUUAAGUAACUUAAUGAGCAAAUUUUUGAUUAUUACUUUAUGUUCCAUACCAAUCUUUCAUGUCUCUGGAUUAAUUUACAAAUCAUUGGGUGAAGAAUUUGGGAAUAUAAAUCUGUAACAGGUGUUCGACGCCAGUGGGUCUCUUAAUGUCUGGGAAAUGUGUACAUGUACUUCAGAUAUCCAGUGUUCCUAAGUGAGAUCAAUUUAGAGGACUCGUGUAGUGUCUAGAGAAAAGUAGCCCAUGUCUUAAAAUAUUCAAAGGAAUCUGCAGGUAACGAAAAGUCCGCUGGAGAAAACCUCAAUGCUUACUGUUAGGACUUACUGAUUCCUACCGGUUUCCAGGCUCUGGGGACAUCAUUUAAACUAAGUUCCUUUAAACUGUUGCUAGUAGGUUUCAAAUAGAAGUUAAUAAUAUUCGUAAAGGUUUUUAACUUUAGAAUUGUUUUUCUCCUCCUGUUCUUCGAGGCAUUACUCCCGUAGUCUUACCCGUCUCCUUGUUGGCGGCGCAGUCGCACCCUCAGGUAUUAGCGUGGGAGCGCGUGGCCGGCUGCCUUGCACACACACUCGCCCCGCUCUGCUCCGGCCAGCGGGCGUCACCUCCAGAAGUAGGGCGGCCCCGCCAGGCCUGUCCCGAGGCCCUCGGAGCCCGUUAGAGACCCUCUGCAGGGCAAGUGGAGGCCUGCGCCACUAAGCAAGGCCCGGCCCAGCCUGUCUGCAGAGUCCUCCUAGUCUGGAGCGUUGGAAGAGGUUCAGAGACUCAAUCUGGAGCUGUUUCUUGGAAUACCAACAAUAGCCCUUUCAGGAAUUUCAGUCUUAAGGAAAAAGCAACAAAAUACCACAUUUCCCACUUCUCUCCAUUUUUAAGCUUAAUUUUAGUAACUUAUUUAUGAUGUUUGUUUGAACUCUAUUUCGGCCUGUCUCUGGAGGCCGACCCUCCCGUGGGCCUGAGCAGCGCCCUUGGCGGCGGCCGGCCCGGGAGUUGGCGUGCACAAGCGUCCGCCAGGAAAAGCCAAUUUCCGUUUGAAGGUUAGGGGCCCCGGGGCCGCCAUGGCUCCACCGUAGCUUGUCGGCGUGGAAGCGCGAGCCCGCACACUGGUGACCGCCGCGAAAAGGUUGCGUUCAAUAAACUUAGCUUGAGCUUAUGCAAUGAUUGGUGAAGAUUUUGGCAUUGUAAGAAUUAGGAAACGAUCAUAGAAAUAUAUGUAAAGUAUUCAAUUUUCAAUCGUUUUUCAAAUUACUGUUUUAAAUUGUUUUGCCGAGUUGUAAUACUUUUGAGAUACAAUGUAUUCCUUGUACUGAAAGAAUGAAAAAAGGACUUUUUCAGCAUUUGAGGUAAGUUCUUUAACGUUUCAUUAAAAACAUUUUUUACAAAUAUUUUGUACAUGCACUUGCAGUAUUGAGGUUAAUCAUUUUAAUAAAUUCGGAAA